CGGUACGGGAACCGCGGCAAAGACUGCAGCUGCGCGCGCGACUCCUGGACUGCGCGGCCGGCUGUGUUGGCGGUACGGGAGCCGCGCGGGGGCGAUGUGCCGCAGCUUUGUUUCGCCUAGUAGAACCUGAUUUCCCAGUCUUUCCGGUCCUUGGGAAGCGGAUUCUGCAAUCCUUGAAUGUCUUCUCCAUCCAAAUGCUUUUGUUGUUGCUGCUUGAUUGACAACUGAAAUCCCUCGGUUCCCAGGCCCGCCCCCACAUUGCCAAACUCACUGGGCCACAGGUCCCUGUGAGCAACAUGGGGGUGCAAGGAGUGUGGCCAUCUGUGAUGCUGUUGGGCGAUUUGUAGGGAUUCAGCUUCUUUAAUGCUGAGACAUGACUUUAUUUGAAAAGACUGUUAGAAAUAGGGAGAAGGCCCGAGAUAAAAAGUGUGAAACGUGUCAAGAGGUGGCUAGAAGAGAAGGGCUUUGCUUGGAGGGAUAUGUCAACAGUAUUAAGGAGUCUGUAUCUUUUGAGGAUGUGGCUGUGAACUUCACUGCGGAGGAGUGGGCUUUACUGAAUUCUUCCCAAAAGAGGCUACACAGAGAUGUGAUGCAGGAAACCUUCAGGAACUUGGCUGCCAUAGCAAAAAAGCAAGAAGACUGGAUCCUUGAAGAUAGCUCUGAAAAUUUAAGAAAAAUUCCUCCCAUUUCAGUUCAGACUGACUAUAAACUAUGUGAGAGUCAAGAAUGCACAGAGAAACCAGGCACAUGUAAGAAGUGUGGGAAAUUCUUUAGUUCUCCCCAAAGUUUUCUGGAACAUAUGAAGACUCACAAUGAAGAGAAAACUUACAAAUAUAAGCAAACUGAAGACAGUUUUAGCAGACACAGUUUUGUUCAGGGGCAUGAAAGAAUGCAUGCUACGGAAAAGCCCUGUGUUUUAAAACAAAGUGGGAAAGACUCUUUGACUCUUGCUGGUAUUCAACAGCACAUAAUAACACAUAAUGGAGACGAGCCAUAUAUAUGUAAAGUAUGUGGUAAAGCCUUUUACUCUUCCAGUUCUUUCUUGACACAUAAAAGAACUCACACUGGAGAACAGCUUUAUAUAUGUAAGCAAUGCGGCAAAACCUUCACUUAUUCCAGUGGCCUUCGUCGCCAUGAAAGGACCCAUAGUGGAGAGAAACCCUAUGAAUGCAAGCAAUUUCUGAAAGUCUUUCCUUCUUUGAGGAAGGUUGAAAGUCAGGAACAAACUCACAAUGGAAUAAAAUACAUAUGUAAUCAGUGUGGGAUAGCCUUCAGUGAUCACUGUUCCCUUCAGUGCCAUGAAAAGAUUCAUAGUUUAGAGAAACCCUAUGUAUACAAGCAAUGUGGGAAGACAUUCACUUGUUCUAGUGCCUUGCGAAGACAUGAACGAAUUCAUACUGGAGUGAAACCCUAUGAAUGCAAGGUUUGUGGGAAAGCCUUCAUUGAUUGCAGUUCUCUUCAGUGUCAUGAAAGGAUUCAUAGUGGAGAGAAACCUUAUGUAUGUAAGCUGUGUGGGAAAGCGUUCAGUCGUCAGGGCUCUCUGAAGUGUCAUGAAAGAAUUCAUAGUGGAGAGAAACCCUAUGCAUGUAAGCAGUGUGGGAAAGCCUUCAUGCACCACAAUGCUCUUCGAUACCAUGAACAGAUUCACAGGGGAGAGAAGGCCUAUGGCUGUAAGCAGUGUGGGAAAGCCUUUGUGUUGAGCAGCGCACUGAAAAAACACGAGCGGAUACAUAGUGGAUUGAAACCUUGUCUAUGCAGGGUGUGUGGGAAAGCCUUCACGUUUCACAGUUCCCUCCAUUGCCAUGAAAGGACUCAUACUGGGGAGAAACCCUAUGUGUGUAAGCAGUGUGGGAAAGCCUUUAUGUAUCACAGUUCUCUCCGUUGCCAUGAAAAUAUACACAGUGCAGAGAAACCCUAUGUGUGUAAGCUGUGUGGGACAGCCUUCACUUAUCACAGUUCUCUUCAACGCCAUGAAAGAAUCCACAGAGGGGAGAAACCAUAUGUAUGUAAAUUCUGUGCGAAAGCCUUCACUGAUCACAGUUCCCUACGAUGCCAUGAAAGAAUUCACACGGGAGAGAAACCGUAUGUAUGUAAACAGUGUGGGAAAUCCUACAGUACUCAUGGUUCCCUUAGAUACCAUGAAAAGGUGCACUGUGUGUAAGCCACGUUGGAAGACCUUCUCCUCUUUGAAUAAGUUUUAAUUUCAUUAACUCAAAAGAAAAACAAACAAACAAACCAUGUGGAUAUAAGCUAUGUGAAUAAGCCUUAGCAUGUUCUGGUUCCCUUAAAAAAAAAAAGAAUGGAGACACAGUGGAAACUUAUCUCUAAAUAUAAACUAAAGGAAAGCUCCAGAUCUCUCUAGCAAACAUGAUGGCAUAAUGAAUUUAACUUGUAUCAAUGUAAAGCAUGUGAGAUUAUCUCUACUUGUCUCAGUUCACUUCUCAAAAACCACUAUGGAGAUGAGGAGAUGUCUCAGUUUGUAUAGUCUCAUGCCAUAGAAGCAUGAGAUCCUGGGUUUAAAUCCUCAGCACCCAUAUAAAAGCCAGACAUGAUGGCAUAUCCCUGUAAUCCAGUGGUAGGGAGGCAGAGACAAAAGAGACCCUGAGGCUUGCUGGUUAGCUGGUCCAUGAUGGCAAUGCACAUGUAUGGAGUUUCCUGUGGAAGCCUAAACUUGGAAUGGAAUUAGACCAACUUUAUUUCCAGUUUCUUCUAAAACUGCCCACUGACUAGCUUUAGGAUUAACUCCUGCAUCAAUAUUCUUCAAAUCACUGGACAACUUUGGGCAUCAAGUCAGUUCAGGUCUAAUAAGAGAGUUCUCAAAAAAUAAAGUGGAGAAUGAUUAAGGAAGACACCCAACACACAAAAGUCUGGAUUUUCCUACUAGGCUCUUGUCAUUACAUCAAUCUUUGGCCUCUGUGCAAGUACAGUGUGUACCCACACAUAUGAACACUCAUCCACACAAUCAUGCACACCACACACAAAAAAGAACACACCAUAUCAAGAACCUCCAUUAGAAGAAACAUGUAAGUCUUCAGUUGUCCAGUAUAUCAAAAUACACAGUCAAAACCUUAUAAAUUUGGUAGAACUGUCUUUUGUAGCAUAUAAUGUCAAAGUCUGAUGCAAUACGAUUCUGUUAACACAACUAAUGUGAAGAGCCUGGUAUAAAAUAAUUUGUGUAGAAUGCUUUAGAAAUUGCACAGUUUAGAGGAGGGCUUGUCAGUGGCACAUUUGUAGGUAGAUCUGAAUAAUACAGUGUGCUCAUUUUAUUCUUAAAAAUAAAUGUUUUAGUGAAAUUAUUUAAUAAGAUUUACUUAGUUGCAUGUGCUUAAUCUAUAGUUUCACUGUUAGUAAAUUAAUUUAAACAUUGAAUUGAAAUGUCUUUCUAAUAUGUGAACAGUUUUAAUUUUUGUGUAUUUUUUAAAUAAUUGUGUCUAAUGAACCUAUAAAAAUGUUUAAUUGGGCUGGGAAAGUGACUCAAUGGAAAAUCAUCAGGACUGAGGUCAUAUCCCCAGUACCCAUGUAAAAAGCCACAUGUAGCCAAAACAUGCCUGUAACAUCAUUGUUGAAAGUGGGGAUGGUGCUGGAAGAUUAUUGUGACUUGCUGACAAGCUCCAAGACUAGUGCAAGACUAUGUCACAGCAAAGAUGCAGAGGCAGUAGAAGAGGAUGCUUGAUGAUGUCCUCUGGCUUCCACUCAUGCAAGCUAGGUGCUCUCACAAAAGGCAUUUAAUAGUCUGGAUUUCCCUACUAGACUCUUGUCAUGGAAUACAUAUAUAUAUUCAGAACAAAUGACUUUUUUUUUUUUAUUCAAGACAGGGUUUCUCUGUAUCCCUGGCUGUCCUGGAACUCACUUUGUAGACCAGGCUGACCUCGAACUCAGAAAUCUGCCUGCCUCUGCCUCCCAAGUGCUGGGAUUAAAGGCGUGCGCCACCACAAAUGACUUUUAAAGUGGAUUUAAUUAUUUUUCACUUUUUUUUGCCUUAAGAAAAUCAAUUACUUUAUUUUUUCUCAAAUACACAGAAAAUUAGUCUGAGGAGAGGUUUCGUGACAUAAAUUAUAUAAAGUAUAUACAAAAAUCUAAGAAGGGCAGGAUAGAAGCCCCACUGCCUAGGUCCUGCCCAUCAGAGGGGAAGCCAGGUCUUUGAUAGUUUUGGAGUUCAGGUGAGGGAUUCUGACCUUCAGGAGUCUGCUGCUGGCAUACUUGACAGUAAUGAACUUGGUGAGAUUUUCAUUGACUUUCACGUUCUUGGCCAAGUGCUUCGUGACUUCCGGUGCUUCACUCUCCAUGUAUCCUGUGUAAUACUGCUGCUUUAAAUUGCGUUUUCCUUGGCCCAGCACCAUCCAAGAGAGGCAGGAAGCAGCAGCUGCAGCAGGAGUGUCAGCUCCAUCGGAUACUUGGCUAAAGUGUGUUGUUCAACAUCGACCUCCCUGGCGUUUGAGGCUCACCUUAAGAAGUAGAAUGGUGAAGUCCAGCCCAACUCCAAAUUCAGCUCUUUCAAAAUCAGUUUCCAUUUCUCAGAUUUGGAAACUGGAGUAAGCAUUGUCUAAGAUAUAAACAAAGUCUUCAGUACUCAGAGAAAGCAUCAUAUUUGGAAGCCAAAAGGAGAGCUGUGAUCCCAACCAGCUGCAGCUUCUUCCCGCAGAUCAGCUGAACAUGUAGGAACUGGUCCAUGAUGGCAAUGCACAUGUAUGGAGUUUCCUGUAGAAGCCUAAACUUGGAAUGGACUUAGACCAACUUUAUUUCCAGUUUCUUCUAAAACUGCCUGCUGGUUAGUCAUAUAGCUUUAGGAUUAACUCCUGCAUCAAUAUUCUUCAAAUCACUGGUCACCUUUGGGCAUCAGAGUAGCAACAUGAGCGCCACCCUGGAAAGUGUAGAUGAGGCAUAGCCACUCUGGUCCACAGCACCACCAGGAGUUUUAUUCUUGGCUUUUAAUAUUUUCUCCAAAUAAGAAUUCUGUACAUAUUUUAUAGUUUUAACUAUUUUCAACAGUAUGUGUGUGUGUGUGUGUGUGAUUUUUUAUAAAUAUUGACAACCUAUCUGCAAAAUAACCAUAAAAAAAUCAACUUUACAUUUUUCAAAUUUUUCCUUUCAUCAGAGUCAUUAUUGCCCAAAUGCUGAUGAAAAUUCCUUAUGUAAUGGGAUCUUACUAAUUAAUGCUCUAUUCCUAUGUAAAUUUUAUCAUAUUUAUGUUACAGCUUUUUAUCAUAGUUUUCCCUUCACUUUUCUUACCAAAAGAGACAUCCCACUGGUUUAAGCAAUGAUCACAUCAAAUGUAACAGAUUACAGUAAUGAAUCUAUCUACAUACCAUAUCUGAUCUGUUCAUCAGAAAUAUCAUUUUAUUUUAUUAUUUUGUGUUUGUGUGGCAUGUGUGAGCACAGUGGGUGUGGUCCAUGCGUAGAUGUCUGUGCCUGUGUUCCUUUGGAGGCCAGAGGAGGAUGUCCUUCUGCCCCACUUUUUGCCUUAAUCCCUUGACACUAUGUCUCUCCCUGAACUAAGAGCUAGGCUAAUAAUCAUCCCUUGAUGUUGCGUCUGUAGGUAAUGUUUAGGUAAAUUGCCAUAGUAGAACCCUAAGAAGGGUCCUGCAUAGCUCUGAAGUGCAGUAAAGGUCUCACUGCACAGAAGUAAUUUCCAAACAUCUCUUGCUUGACAGUGUUGUAAAGCAGGAGCAUAGAAGCAAGCACAAACCAUGUAGCUGCUCUAAUCAUAGUGUAGAUGUAGAACAUACUAUUUGCAAAUAAGAGUACUUCUAUUUUUGAGACAAGAGAGUGGGUGAACCAAGGUUGAAACACCCACUCAGAGCUAUCAAGAAAAGUAGGUAUUAGCAGGUGACAGCAUACAGAAGCUGAGGUGUGUAUCAAUCUUCGUGGAAACUCACUGUGUAAACAAAGCUUUCAUUGUGGGCCUAACGUCAGCUAGUGUUCUCAGCACUGGCACACAUAAACACAAGGAUAGAUGAUAAAUUUGUUAUGCUAAUUAGCAAAUGUGAUAUCAAUUAGCCAUCUUUUAAUAUUACAGUCAGUUCAUAUAA